AUGAAGUCUUCUGUUCCUGGAGUGUUAAUUCGCGGUCACAGACCAGCAUCAGCUAAUCGGUGGACAACAAUUUCCAAUUUAUCCGAUCGCAGUGAGCCGAUGCGGGACAAUGCAGAUUUACGUUGGUCGUUCAAAUCACGACGUCGUCAACGCGCACACUGUGCUCGACCCGGAAGUCGAUCUUUAGGCCAGGAAACAAACAAAUUGUUCGUAGCGAAAGGAGACCAGAAGGAAUUCGAUUGGGAUGUGCCGAAGAAUUCGUAUCUCGUCCCACAAGUUCAACCCCGUCCGAGAAAACAAAUUCAACUUUGUUUAGUCAAUGAGAACAAGAAAACUGACGAUCUGUUGGAGUGUCAAAAUGUCUCCCAAUCAAACCAACAUGCAGGCGCAGAUUCAGACUAUUUGUCGAACCUGAACGAGAUCAAAACUACUUAUCUUCCGCUUAGACCGUCGAAGCUCUUGUCAUCACAACUUUUGAUGGCUGCAAAAGCUGGAGAUGUCAGUCAGGAGUUGAUUUUCUCCGAUCUCACAGCAUCGUUGUGUGAACGUAGAUGGCAUGAAAAAUUGAUUUAUUCUACAGUGGUUGGACCAGUUCCUUCUUCAAUGUUCCUCAAUGUUUCUCAGUUUCUCAACCUAAAGUUGGCACUCGGUGCUGCGUCAAAUGUUGCUCCGCGAAAUGUGAAUUACUACACAUUGUCCCACUAA